CUCCGUGUCCCCUUCAUUUCGUCGUGAGGCGAAGAAGAGGACGACGAAAGGAUAAGCCGCCGGUGUCAUGGAUCCCAGCGGAGCGCCUUGGUCAUCAGCACACCCCCAAGCCGGGUUUCAAUUGCCGACAGCUAGCACAGCUUCGCCACCAGAGUCUUCGCGUACUCUACCAACAGCUGCACAUGUUACACCACCCUCUGUUUACGGUACACCUCGUGACCCCGCGAAUGACUCCAACAGGUCUGUUCCCACAACGUACGGCUAUCAGGUGUCUCCGGGAGCCAGCUCCUAUGCCCCCGCUUCUUACGCUCCUGGAUACGAUGCGACCAGAGCGCCGCAGAUGAACACUUACGCUGCCGAUUCCUACGGCGCCGCUUCCCCUGCUGCUGCUGCCCCCUAUGCGAGUGGUACUACUUCAUACGGCUACGGCGACCGUCGAGCCCCGGAGUACCAUCCCAGCGGUCCAGCGGUGCACGGCGCUCCCGCGUCCUCCGGGUCUGCUUACCAGACGCCCGGUUCUCAAGCUUACGGGUCUUCCACCAAUCCUCGUGUCAGUGCUGGUAGCAUCGAAAGACCUGAAGGCUUCAUCCCUGGCCCCUACUCGCCUCGUUCCUCUGUGCCUGGUGCCCCUCCACGUGAUUCCACUGUGCCUAGCCCAGCAGCACCCCUCCCCGGCGCGCCAUUUUCUGGACAAGGAGCUGCACAGGCCGCACAGGUUCCAGGCAGGCCUGAUUGCCCUGCUGGUCUCGAAUACCUAACGCACGUCGAGCAAAUAGUAAUACAACAAAAAGUCGAGCUCAUUGAAGUUUUCUUGGGUAUUGACAGUGCCAACGCCUACGAAGCCAAGAAUGCAAUGGGUCAGCUCAUAUACAACAUUAGGGAGAAUUCCAGCUUCUGCGCCAGGUGCUGCUGCGGCCCACAGCGGUGCCUCGAAAUCGAUGUGUCAGACUACACGAACACCGUCGUGAUUCACAUUGUGCGACCUCUUCGAUGCUCACACUGUUGCUGCUUUUGCUGCCUGCAGGCAGUUGAAGUUCAAGCUCCUCCGGGAACUCCCAUCGCUCGAAUUCGUCAGCGGUGGUCGAUAUGCCACCCGUACUUUACGAUAUACAGCCCGGAGGACGAGCCGGCCUUGCAUGUGGUGGGACCGAUAUGCACCGAGAGUAUGCCAUGUAAAUGCGACGUUAAGUUCGAAGUGCGCUCAAGGGACGGCGUCGCCAUAGGCGCUGUCACCAAGGAGUGGGGUGGACUCGUGAAGGAGUACUUUACCGACGCCGACUCCUUCAAUGUGACCUUUCCACUCGACCUAGCUGUUAAUAUGAAGGCUGCUCUCCUUGCCUUAUCCGUGCUCAUAAAUAUCACCGAAUUGUCAAAGCCUGAAAGCUCGUGCAGCGAGCGCUAA